CAUAAAAUCCAAAAAAAAAUUCAAAUCAAUAAACAGAGUAAUAUUUUUAAUUUUAGUAAUUAAAAACUAACAAGUGCGCAGUUGGGCACUUGCCAAGGUUUAAGAAGUUUACAACUCUAAUCCUUUGGAACAAUAAUUAUGGUUACAUCUUAUUAUAUCCUUAAAAUGUGCCUCGCUCAAAACAACACGCAAUUAACGGACCACUACAAAAAUAAGAAGAACAAGUCAAUCAAUUUAAAAAACAAUCCCUGCAGAGUAUGCCUCUCUGAAGGUUCUCUAUCGAUAUUUGAUAAUGCUUGCUCAUCCGAGAUAAUUAAUAUAGUAAAAAGCUUGUGUAAUAUUGAAAUAACUCAAGAUGAUAAAUUUAAAUUAUUGUGUAAGAAGUGUGAAAAUUUUGUGAAGGAUGCUGUUUUAUUUAAAACCACAGUAAAGCAAACACACGAACUUUUAAAAUAUUCAACAACCGAAGAAUUUCAAGAAAAUGAUUCAAUUUACUCCACUGAUACAGAGUUGUACAAAGAAACAAAACAACAUAGUAAAGAUCAUAACAAUAUUGAUAAAACUGCUGAAAAUACAGAACAACAAUCUUCACCUAAAAUUCAGUGUAAAAUCUGUAAUAAAGUGAUAAACAAAUCAUAUUACAAGCAGCAUGUAACAAUGCAUGAUCCAGACCACUACAACUUCAUUUGUGAUGUCUGUGGAAAGUCAUUUCGACUUCGCUGUGCCUAUCGCAAUCAUAAGCUUAGACAUAGAACGGACUUUUCUUUCAAAUGUAAAUCAUGCCCGUAUAAAAGCCGUUACUUAGAACUGUUAAAGACUCAUAGUAAAGUCCAUGCCGGAGAUUAUAGAUACAUGUGUACUGAAUGUCCGGCUAGAUUUUUAUUCAAAAGUAAUCUUAACCGUCACAUGCAAAAGCAUAAAGAACCACAGUUUAAGUGUGAUUCUUGUAAAAGGGCUUUUCAUACUAAAUUAGCUGUGCAAAGACAUUAUGAGGUAGAUCAUUUGGGAAUAAGGAACCAUGUCUGUAAUGUGUGUGGAAAGGCCUUUGGUUACAGAAAUUCCCUAAUGAAACACCAGAGAGGUGUUCAUAAAAGAGAAAAAUGUAUUUUUUCUAGAAUGCCAUCAUAUUUACAGGCCCAAGAAAAUGGUUGAACAAAUUCUCAUCCUCAAUAUAUCUUUUUUUAGCCUU